AUGGGGCAGCCCGCGCCUCCAACUCUUCUCCUGCUGCUGGUGGGGCUUCUGGGGGAGUCCCGGGGAGGCUUUCCGAACACCAUCAGUAUAGGAGGGCUCUUCAUGAGAAACACAGUCCAAGAGCACAGCGCAUUUCGAUUUGCCGUCCAGUUAUACAACACAAACCAAAAUUUCACGGAGAAACCUUUCCACUUGAACUACCAUGUUGACCACCUGGAUUCCUCCAACAGUUUUUCAGUGACAAAUGCAUUCUGUUCACAGUUUUCCAGGGGAGUCUAUGCCAUCUUUGGAUUCUAUGACCAGAUGUCAAUGAACACGCUGACGUCCUUCUGCGGGGCACUGCACACGUCCUUCAUCACUCCCAGCUUCCCGACAGACGCAGAUGUGCAGUUUGUCAUUCAGAUGCGGCCAGCUCUGAAAGGAGCUAUCCUAACCCUUCUGACUUACUACAACUGGGAAAAGUUCGUAUACCUCUAUGACACUGAGAGAGGAUUUUCUAUUCUUCAGGCAAUUAUGGAAGCUGCUGUGCAAAAUAAUUGGCAAGUGACAGCCCGGUCUGUAGGAAGCAUAAAGGAUGUCCAGGAGUUUAAGGCCAUCAUUGAAGAAAUGGAUAAGCGGCAGGAGAAACGAUACUUGAUAGAUUGUGAAGUGGAAAGAAUAAACACCAUUUUGGAGCAGGUUGCAAUCCUUAGUAAAAAUUCCAGGAGUUAUCACUACAUGCUGGCCAACCUGGGAUUUACAGACAUUUCAGUGGAAAGAGUGGUCCAAGGAGGUGCCAAUGUAACUGGAUUUCAGAUUAUUAAUAAUGAAAACCCCAUGGUCCAGCAAUUUAUGCAGCGCUGGGUAAGACUGGAUGAAAGGGAAUUCCCAGAAGCAAAAAAUUCUCCAUUAAAGUAUACCUCUGCACUGACCCAUGAUGCCAUAUUGGUAAUCGCAGAAGCAUUCCGGUAUCUCCGAAGGCAGCGUGUCGAUGUGUCCCGGAGAGGUAGUGCUGGAGACUGUUUAGCAAACCCGGCCGUGCCUUGGAGCCAAGGAAUCGAUAUAGAGAGGGCACUGAAAAUGGUUCAAGUGCAAGGAAUGACGGGAAAUAUCCAGUUUGACACCUAUGGACGUAGAACUAAUUAUACCAUUGAUGUGUACGAAAUGAGAACCGGUGGGCCGCGCAAGGCUGGCUACUGGAAUGAAUACGAAAGAUUUGUGCCUGCAGUAGACCCCACCAUCUCCAAUGACACUUCCUCUGUGGAAAACAGGACCAUUGUGGUCACCACCAUCCUCGAGGCGCCCUACGUGAUGCGCAAACAGUCGCCUGACCAAAAGGAAGGGAACGAGAAAUAUGAAGGCUACUGCGUUGAUCUAGCUUAUGAAAUCGCAAAACAUGUUGGGAUAAAAUAUGUCCUGUCCAUUGUUCCUGAUGGGAAAUAUGGAGCAAGGGAUCCUGACACUAAAAUGUGGAAUGGCAUGGUGGGUGAGCUGGUCUAUGGGAGAGCAGACAUAGCUGUUGCCCCACUGACCAUCACCUUGGUCCGAGAAGAAGUCAUAGACUUUUCCAAGCCCUUUAUGAGUCUGGGCAUCUCCAUCAUGAUCAAGAAGCCCCAGAAAUCUAAACCGGGUGUCUUCUCCUUUUUGGAUCCUUUGGCUUAUGAGAUUUGGAUGUGUAUAGUCUUUGCGUACAUUGGCGUGAGCGUGGUUCUGUUCCUGGUCAGCCGAUUCAGUCCCUAUGAGUGGCAUUUAGAAGACAACCAGGAAGAGCCACGGGACCCUCAGAAUCCUCCUGAUCCACCCAAUGAGUUUGGAAUAUUUAACAGCCUUUGGUUUUCCCUGGGUGCCUUUAUGCAGCAAGGAUGCGAUAUUUCUCCAAGAUCUCUUUCAGGGCGGAUUGUCGGAGGUGUCUGGUGGUUCUUCACACUCAUCAUUAUCUCUUCCUACACUGCCAACCUCGCUGCCUUCCUCACAGUGGAAAGGAUGGUGUCUCCCAUAGAAAGUGCUGAGGACCUGGCUAAGCAGACCGAAAUAGCUUAUGGAACUUUGGAUUCAGGCUCAACCAAAGAAUUUUUUAGAAGAUCCAAAAUAGCCGUCUAUGAGAAAAUGUGGUCAUAUAUGAAGUCAGCAGAACCAUCUGUGUUUGCCAAAACGACCGCGGAUGGGGUGGCUCGCGUGAGGAAAUCAAAGGGGAAGUUUGCCUUCCUGCUCGAAUCGACCAUGAAUGAGUACAUUGAACAACGAAAGCCCUGUGACACAAUGAAAGUUGGUGGGAACCUGGAUUCCAAAGGCUAUGGUGUAGCAACUCCCAAAGGCUCAGCAUUAAGAAAUGCUGUUAACCUGGCAGUAUUAAAACUGAAUGAGCAAGGCCUCUUGGACAAAUUGAAAAACAAAUGGUGGUACGACAAAGGAGAGUGCGGCAGCGGGGGAGGUGACUCCAAGGUCAGCCUCAAUGUCACCACAAUCGGGUACCUUAGUCAAGAGUAA